AUGCCGACUGGGCAGAUGAAGAAGUUGGCAUCCUACAUGAGCCCCACUGGGAAGAAGUAUAUACUUACAGUGGUUGACUAUGCUACCCGAUACCUGGAGGCAAUCCCCCUGGCCAAUAUCCAAGCGGAGACAGUGGCAGAUGCAAUGCUCUGGAUAUUCACCAAUGUAGGCUUCCCCCGGAAAGUGAUCUCUGACCAGGGAACCCAGUUCACUGCGGAGAUCACCCGGCAGUGGGAUCAAACCCCUGCACAGUGCUCCAUAUCACCCCGACUAAUGGGUUUUUUGGUAUUCUGCAGACUACGUACACACCAGUGGUGCUUCAUUAUCUUUAACAUUUUGCUAUUUCAUGCCCUAUUAUUUGGAGCAGAUUUCAUGGAAGAAUAUUUUCUACGGUCUGGUCCGAUCUCCUACUCUGAGGCAAAGUUUAUGGAAAUCAGAGAACUGGCUAAAACAUUGGAUAUGUAUCCUAUGAAGGACAACAUAUCAAAGUCCUUUGUAAUUAACGAGCCCAGUCUGUGCUCCGACAAGAAUGUUUUCCUUCUCUCCAUUAUCUUUAGCUGUCCCGAAAAUAAAACAGGAAGAGACAGAAUCAGGAGCACGUGGGGCAAUGUUACCUCUGUCAAACAUCUUGGCAUCAUCAAUAUAUUUGCUUUAGGGAGACCAGUCUCUGGAACUAUUCAAUCAGAUGUCUUGAAUGAAUCACAUGUCUACAAGGACAUCAUUGAAGGAAACUACCUAGAUACCAUUCAAAACAAAACACAUAAGACUCUGAUGAUGAUAGAAUGGACACUGACAUUUUGUCCCAAUACAAAAUUCCUCCUUAAAACUGAUGAAGAGAUGUUUGUCAAUAUCAAAAGCUUAACUGAGUAUCUACUUGACUUGGAGGCACAUUCUGAAGAUAUAUACACAGGUAGAGUUAUUCACCAAAGCCUUCCAGACAGAAAUCACCAAAGUCCUAAUUUUGUUCCCAUAUGGUCCUAUUCUGAAACAAACUAUCCUGAUUACUGCAGUGGGUCAGCCAUGGUCAUUUCACUGGAUGUGGCUAAGAAGGUUUAUAUAGCAUCAAAGGAUAUUUCAACCUUGGUACCAUCGGAUGUGUUCAUUGGUAUUUGUACUCAGAGAGCAGGAAUCAUACCCAUUCACAGUUCUCGAUUCUCUGGCCCUCGACAUAUCACAUAUAACAGGUGUUGUUAUAAGUUCAUUUUCACGUCCUUGUCAGUAGACAAUGAACAAAUCUCCUUUGUUUGGAGAGACAUGAACAAUGGAGAGGAAUGUUCUAUUCUCGAGACCUACUACGGCUUACUGUCGUGUAAAGUUUGGACCUACCUUGAUAAGUUUAAAUAUUUUAAUAUGGAAAAAAUAAAGAACGGGGCAUGGUCAGUGUAACCUGAUAUUCUUAAAAGGUCUUCUAGAUGACAAACCAAGUCAAUGAAGGAAGACACACUGCAUUCUUCAAGCCUUUAAAAGAAGAAAUGCUCACCUGAACUAUUGUUAAUGCUUGACAACUAACAUAGGACUGUUGGUCAGUAAUCCCCUGCACACAACUUGCUUAGUGCACAGUUUUUGUAGAGAGUUUCUAUGUAUUUUCUUUCUGCAUUGAAACUGAAAAGUGUAUUGAUCUUUCUGCAGAUUGUGCCCUAGAAACCUAGGGGGACUUUCAAAGAAAAAUUAUUACAUUUAAA